CUUUCAAUUUCAUUUCACAAAAUUCACAUGACAUUGCACGUUUGUUAUUACGUUUUAUCUGUUUUUUUUGUUUGCAAUUAACUAACUAAAAGUACAAAAACAAUGACCUUUGGCUAUUAUGAGUGGGCCCGAUGUGGAUGAGGUGCUAAAUUACUUAUCAAUAAAAUUCAACAAAAUCUUCUGUGAUCGUGAGUUCGUCUGUUGUGUAAUUGAAGACUUCCAGACAAUUUUGGAGAAUAAGGCCCGAAUUUGUGUCCUCGUCUUCCCAACGUUGGGGCCAAUCUAUCUAAAAGCUCUUCGCUACCAAGCGAGGAUAUUCGAUUUAGCUGUCUUCAAUAUAACUUCAGCCUCUGGCAAGUUCAGGUCGAUUGCAGUAUGUCAUAAGGACCAUUUAAAGAAGCAAAACAAAGAAGAAAUCAUGCCGGAAUCGUCCAAACGCAAACGUCCAGAACGACAACUCUACGUACCCCCAGCGCAGCGAGCGUCCCGUUUGAGCAAAAGUGACAAAAAAGUGACAGAACCCGGGCAUAAAUCGACAAGAAAUGAUCCAAGUGCAAUCAGUGACGAGUGUUUGUUAAAUCUGAGUGAUGUGCUGAAUUUGUUGUAUUUUUUUAACCCCAUUUUGUGCAAUUUUCGAAACUUGACUAAAUCGCGUUACCAACAUACGAACUGCCAAUUCAAAAAAUUACUAAAUUUUCAAAAAUUUGCCGCCUUCAGGUAUCACAAUUUUAUCAAAAUUUAUCAACUGUUUUUGAGUGACGUCUAUUGGGAUUUAAACCAACUCCAGUGCACAAAUCCACGCCGCGAUGGGUAUUUUCAAACUUACCCAAUUUAUGAUUUUGAUGAUUUUCAAGCCCAAGCUGAGAAACCUUCAGCUGUUUUAGUCAAUCAAGAAGCGAAUGAUUUUGCCCAAAUCGUAAACGGAUUGCCUGAAGUCGAAAAUAAUUUGUACAAAAUAGAGUGUGAUAAUGAUUGCGAUUCUGGAAAUUGCAUUGUUGAUUUAUCAGUGAUUAAAUUAGGACAUUUCUUCAUUAUUUCAAUGGAAAAUGGUGAUUAUUUUUACGAGUGCCAAGAACAGCACGAUCCAACUAUUUGCUGUGGGAAUGUUAGAAACCAGUUGGAAACUAGUAAAAAAUUAGAGAAAUUAAAUAUAAGUGCAAUAAAGAGCGAAAAUGAAACGAAUAAAAACGGAACACCAAAAAGCAACAAAGACGUUAUCAAAAAUCAGAUAAACAUGAAUAAGAAGAAAGUGUCGGAUAAUACUCAUGAACAGGAGAAGGAGAUUAUGCGAAUGACUAAGGAGUACAUUAAUCGGAAGACUCGGCCUAUUAUGAAAUACGUGGAUGACUCUAAUGACACAUUACGGAUUGAUAAGAACGAUAGUGUCAAUAAUUGGGAGGACCUGUUUGACGAUAACGGUCAAAUUCAGGAAGAACUACUGACUGAAAUUGUCGAUAAGGUCGGUGAUGAUAUAACAAUAGUGAAAGCCAGUGAAGACUACACGGCGUACACAAAUAAGCCACCGGAAGAGCUGGAACACGUAGUCGAACUUUACAACUUUCCUGCAACUCUCGAAACCCACGAUUUGGUCCAGGCUUUCAGCGAGAUUAACAGCGAUGCGAUGUACAUAAAAUGGGUGGAUGAUACUCACGCUUUGCUAGUUUUAGGUUCUCUCAGUCAAGCUCAAAAAGCGGUGAAUAUGCGAAAUCCUUUGAUUAAAGUUCGUCCAAUGACUGCAGCGAGCGCUAUAUCAAUGGAUGUUGCAAACAAGUCGGAUCUAAAACCGGCCAUGAAACGUCCACCAACUAACUUACAGACUGCUAGGAGAUUAAUUACGACUCAUUUAGGUACCAAAAGUAAAUUAACUAAAGAGCAAAUUGCGAAAGAAAAACAGGAUUUGAAAAAUGCCAGAGAAAUGAAAAGGUUGCUCAAACAAAACGAAAAAGACGCCUGGGAGGGCAAGUUGCGAUCGUCAGUCAACUAGGAUAAGUUAUGUGAUUUGUGCCUUAUCUGUGUACCUAGAGAGUCAAAUUUUAGUCAUUUUUUAUAGUUCUUUGGUUACCAAGUUAGUAGGUAAUAGAAGAGAUACAUGUCUUCAUUUAUUUAUUGUUUUGUACUCUUUUUUACUUCCUAUACAAAUAAGCGAAGUUUUAGGAAGUGACCUUAAUAUUUUAUUUUGUGAUAUUCAAGAUUUUAGAAAAAUAUUGUCUAUGUCUAUAGAUUUGUGAACAUCUCAGGAUCGUGAUUUGAUUAUGUGUUUUUUGAAACUGAAUAUAUUUUAUUUACUCUUA